AUAUUGUACCUGACAGAUUGCUUUUCACUGCAGAUUUCCGAUGUCUCCUCGUCACCAUCGAUCUUCCGGGAGUUAUCCCCAUUCGCAGCACAGUGAGGAGGAGGUUCCCACGACGUCUUUCCCGGCAGACUUUUCCUUCAGGGUUGAAUUCCCCGCGGGUAGUCUUCCUGCUCAUGCCAAUGCCGGUUGUAGCCGGGAGGUUUUUUCCUCCACUUCCAUUGGGCAAGUCAUUAGCCCAUUCCCACAGUUUGACCAUGAUCGUUCUGACGAUUCCUGCCGUUUAGUACGGGAAGGAGGGCGCCAUUGCUUGCGCCAGCUUAUCACAGACGCCACUUUUACCGCUGAUUCUACUUCCACUCAGGCUUUACAGAAGCCGAGCUUCUUGUUCGGGGAUCAUGUCGAGGACCCCGCUAUACUGACUCUUGGAGAGGAGCACUGGCUGACUCUUGAUGGAGGAGCUCUUUUAUACAUUCCAUCAAUUCCCCGCCAAUAUUCUUUUACCCAUUUGAGGAGACAGGCCGUGAGGCGACAGAUGUCCUGGGAUCUUACUAAGGAUGCUGAGCGAGUCCCGUGUGGAUAUACCUCUCAUUCUAAGACCCCUGGUUCUGGCGGGUAUCACCAUAUUCGUGGUCUUUGCCCAGGGAUCACGGGCCUUGAUACUGCACCCCCAGGUGAGACGUCAGCAGCUGCCUCUACUGUGGGUAAUCGUCUGGCUCUUCUGGGGAGGCGAUUACCUCCACCAGAGCCCAGAUGCUAUGGCUGGGCUUCCUCACUAGCCAAAGGGUGGUGGGCGCGCAUGACUGAUUUCGUCUUGGCGCGCUGGGAGAGGGAUCUGAAGAGUAGUGGGUUAUAUGCACCCAUACGAGCUACUAUGUACGGAAUCCCAGUUAGCUGUCGCCAUUUCUUGGCUUUGCUGGAGACUUAUAUGCCCGAUAGCAACACCUUCCUGACCAGCGGUGCCCGUUUUGCUCUUCCUUCGUAUCGGCGUAAGCCACUGAUCACUUUCCUCAGCUGCAAGUGGUUCCUUUCUGCAUAUGAGUCCAUCAGCGUGAGGAGCCUCUCAGAGUUGCAGUCCGAGUACGCGGUCCGGGCUGCUAUGAUGGCUGGUCGCAGAGCUGAGCUUGCUCAGAAGCGGAGAAAAGGGCAUGCCAAAUCUCUUGUCUCAGACGAAGAAGAACUUCUCCCUGCGGGUGAUGAUGACGAGAACUCCGAGGACGAGUAUGCGGACGCGGAUACCGGCAGAGGGGACCUCGAUACUGGUAGGGCAGCCAAUGAUCAUGAGCCACCAGCUCCUACACACGUUGAAACGUGUGAUAGGCCUGCGCAUGUUCGACCUGUUGGCCCUCGAAGGGUUGGUGCCCUGAAGAGGAAGAAGACCGCCCAUAAGUCCCAUGACGGUCAGCGUCCCUGUGGAGUGGACUUAGGGAGCACCGCCGAUGGAGGGGGAGGUAACAUUCAAUUGCUCUUGCUUCAAGGUUGUUUACCUUUUGUGAUUUGUAACCAUGUUUCGUGCUUCAGGGUUCUUCGAAGAGGGCGAAAUCCCACCGGGUCCGGUGUCUCCUGGGCCUGA